AUGAAGGACUCCCCAGAGUCCGUCGAGACUUCAAUUCAUGCAGAACCACCUUCUCGUUCAUCCUCCACGUCCGAAUCAUCAACAAGUGCCUACGGCGACGAGAUCGAACAUCUACAGGCUCCGUCCCAGCACGCCUCUGCCGACAUCCGCAGACACACCACGCACGACAGCCAUGUGGACGGCAACUUCUUUGCGCCCAUUACAUCCUGUACCGAUGGCGGUGUCCUCGCCAAGUCAGGAACCCGCGCGACGGUGGGCACCCAAGGGGCCGAGACUGACUUCGAAGUCGACUUUGAAGACAGCGAUCCAGGGAACCCAAUGACAUGGGCAUUUUGGUAUAAGGGAUGGAUAAUUGGCUCGGUUUCAUAUUCCACAGCGACUGUUGUCCUGUAUUCCACGUCAUAUACUUCGGCAAUUCCAGGUAUCAUGGCCGAGUUUCACGUCGAGUCCCAGACAACGGCGGUCUUGGGCGUGACCACAUAUUUGCUGGGGUUGGCGGUAGGAUCAGUUCUACUAGCGCCGCUGUCAGAGAUGUAUGGCCGGAGGCCGAUCUAUUUGAUAGCGAUGCUGCUGUUUGGUCUUUUGGUCUUGCCGUGUUCAUUGGCCCAGAAUUUGGAGGCGAUCCUGGUGACGCGAUUCUUUGGCGCGAUUGCGGGAAGUGCGAUGAUCAGUAAUGCUCCGGGAACGGUCAAUGACAUCGUGGAAGAAGACUAUCGAGCAAUGGCGUUCAGUAUAUGGAGUAUCGGUCCUAUGAAUGGUCCAGUCCUUGGCCCUCUGGUUGGUGGGUUCGCGUAUCAGUACCUGGGCUGGAGAUGGACGAAUUGGAUCGUCCUCAUCUGUAGUGGCGUGGCAUUCUUAUCGCUAUGCACGAUCAAGGAGACAUAUGCCCCGGAAAUCUUGCGGUCAAGAGCCGCGAAAAAACGAAAGGAGACGGGAAAUCAAAGGUGGGCGAGUAGAUAUGACGACCAAACAGCGUUCUGGCCAUUGCUGAGGCUCAAUCUGAGCCGGCCUUUCAUCAUCACGGUGACGGAACCCAUUUGCAUAUUUUGGGACAUUUACAUUGCUGUAAUCUAUGGGAUUCUCUACCUCUGCUUUGUUGCAUAUCCCUAUGUUUUCUCAAACCUCCGCCACUGGACCCCAGGGUUUGUUGGCCUUGCCUUUUCCGGUAUAGGCAUUGGUUCUCUACUUGUCAUCGGUCUCGAGCCAAUGAUCCGUCGCAUGAUUAAUGCCCACGAGAAAGACCCGGAGACAGGAAAGCCGCCUCCGGAAGCGAUGGUGAGCAUGGUUUGUAUCGCAGCCAUCUUGAUACCGGUGGGCGAGCUGAUGUUCGCCUGGACGUGCACACCAAACGUGCACUGGAUUGUCCCCAUCAUCGCUGGCGUGCCAUUUGGGGCUGGUAACACGGCCGUCUUUAUCUACGCCUCGACCUACCUCGUCCACUCAUAUGGCAUAUACGCCGCGUCCGCACUUGCUGGAAACUCUGUGUUUCGCUCCGUCCUUGGCGGCACGCUGCCGUUAGCUGGGCCUCUAUUAUAUGAUCGCCUUGGACCGAAUUGGGCCGGAACAUUUCUGGGUUUAUUAGAGGUGCUUUUGGCACCGAUUCCGUUCAUCUUCUACCGAUACGGGCACAAGAUCCGGAUGAAGAGCACCUUGAUUCGACAGAUGACCGAGGAUAGAAAGAGACUAGAGACGAGAAUGAGAAAACGAGAAGCGCGGCAACAAAGGAAAAUAGCUACAGAGAAAGCAGAGAGCGAGGGGUUGGGGAAGGAGGUGUAUCUCUCCGAAAAGGAGGAAUCUCGGCCAUCGAACAUUGCAAAGGACUUAGAGACAGAUCCCUCCAGUAACGGCCGCCUCGUCAAGGCCAUCCGCAGCAGCUAUGGGUCCGGUGUUAACGAUUUCGAAGUUCUUGGAGUCAUGGUCGUAUUGGCCCUGUCUGCUACAACACAGUAG